UAUGGAGGCGCACUAAGAACUUUUUCGUUUAGUAUUUCACCACUAGAAAUGUAUUCUGCUUGUAGACUUUUCACGCCUUCUCUCGUCCCACGAUGUAGAGGAAUUAAACAGUGUGUAAAUGCAGUUGGCAAAACACGUUCUUAUGCAUCUGAGGCCGAUAUAAAACGAACAUUUCUAUAUGACUUCCAUGUAUCAAAAGGAGCAAAAAUGGUGCCAUUUGCAGGAUGGUCCAUGCCAGUACAGUACAAUGAUGGAGUGGCCGCCUCCCACCUCCAUGUCCGGGAGCAUGCGGGUAUCUUUGACGUGAGUCACAUGGUGCAGACGAAAAUCCACGGUAAAGAUAGGGUAAAGUUCAUCGAGAGUCUGGUAGUGGGAGACAUUGCAGGUUUAAAAGAUAACCAAGGAAUGCUAACUCUGUUCACCAAUGACAAAGGUACAAAUAAAACCGUGUUUCCACAUGUCAACGUGUAG